AUGUCCAACACCACGGUUGUCGACGACAGCCCACUCGGCCUCUCCACCGCCACCCUCAGCGCCGGCAUCCUCGGCGCACUCCUCUUCGCCCUCGUCCUCUACCGCGCACGCAAGGCUGGACCCACAAAGGUCGCCGUCGAGCACAAAGUACCUGAACCUGAGAUCCAGUCGCUUGACGGCUUCGACUGGACCACGGCCCGUCGUAACGUGUUCCGGCCCUUCAAGCCCAUCUACCAUAUCACCAUGGCGCUCACUGGCGUGAAGCCCUCCGAGCUCAUCACUGUUGACGAGGACUACACAAAGCGUGUCGCCGAGCGGAGGCGCCUCUAUGCAUUGCACGGAAACAAGGUGCACGGGGUGAUCCCCGAUGGGCGGGGUGCUGCGGCCGUGCGUGAACUGUACACGUACCUGCUGCACGACCACCUCCCGCGCCGCUUCCCGACAAUGUUCAAGCUCUCCCCCGACGGCAAGGAGUUUACAAACGUCGCGACUGGCAAGGUGCUCCUAACCACUGUACCCGUGACUGGUGACUUGGCAGAGGAUGACAGGGCUGCUGAAGCUGCGCUGGUCGGCCUCGGCGAGACGAUUGAGGAGGACCUCUUCUUCCUCCAAAAGGUGGGGGACACCCACCAGUGCGUGGCGUUCUCGUGCUGUUUCCCGAGUGGCUUUGACCCGAGCGAGAAGCUUGGCCUUGGGCUGUCUGCGAUCCACGACCCUGUACCAAACUACGAGCGCAUCGGGCCUAGCAUGGAGCGCUUCUUCUCCAAGAUGGAAGUCGGCAAGCCCUUCCGCCGCCUCAACUGGUCGGUCCAGACCCACAACGAACUGUACAACAAUGGCAGCAAUCACAUCCACGAGGACGAGGACAUUAGCAACCUCCAGGCCAAAGUCGACAUUAACACAACAAACCUCCGCGUCGAGAUGCAGACGCUGACCCGGUUGCCAAAGACGAACGCAUUGCUGUUCAGCUUCAAGACGUACCUCACCCCCAUGACCGAGGUCAAGGCUGAGGGGUGCGGGGAGGUGUUUGCGGACGCGAUUGAAGGCUUGGCUAAGGGCAACGCUCCGGGGAUGUGGCGAUACAAGGCCGCGAUCCGUUGGGGCCCGCCCGUGUGUCAGUAUCUUCGCUCCUAG